AAAAGCGGAAAAUGGCAGAACAAAAACAUGUGCGUCAGGAAGACGUUUGUGAAUAUUUCCUAUUUCCACUUGUCCCAGACGAUGUGAGAGAAGCAGACGUAGAAGAAUAUUUGGAAAAAGAACAAGAACUGUAUCUUGCUUACCUUGGAGAUCUACUUGUCGACUACAUUUGGCAGAUUGAACCGUUUAAUUUACGUGUUGUCAAGGAUUCGUCUGCAGGCACUGUUCCUCCACAUCUUUAUGGAAGAACACAUUACGGUGACAAUGUUGAUGAUGAAUGGUUCAUUGUUCACAUGCUGUACAAACUGACAGACAACUUUCCCAACCUCAUAGCCAAGAUCUAUGAUGCAGAUGGGGAGUUUCUAUUGAUUGAAGCAGCCAAUGCUAUCCCCAAGUGGCUCAACCCAGACACUUCAGAGAAUAGGAUUUUUAUCACUGGUGGUAAUCUCCACAUCGUACGUCUUCCACACACCCCAGCUGAGCGCCGGGCUCUCCCAACAGGUACCCCCACGGUAGAGAUUGCCGUCAACUGUAUCAGACAACACGGCGACAUGACCCUGGCAUCACCACAGGUCCAGUCAGCCAUCCUCAGGAGAACUGCAAGUUUCCCUCAGAAGGCAGAGCAGUCCACCCACAGAGUUCACUGUUAUGUGCCUGCAGCAGUAGCAGCCGUAUUGAAGCACUCGCCAGGACUGGUGGCGCCAGCUGUACAGGCCUUCUGCCACAGGGACCCCGUGGACAUGAAGGCCUGCAGAAUCAUGCAGCACUUUCGUCCAGGCACCAGAGUCUUAGCUGAGGUGAAGUUUACAAAGUGCCUGUAUGCACAACUGAUGAAGCAGAAGUUUCACCCAGAGAGGAAGAGUGAUUGGACCCUCCCUCCUCCAAAAAGCAGCAAACACAAGUCCUACGACCUUGGCAUGAAACUGGCAUAUGGGUUUGAGAUUCUUUGUGCUCAGUGUGCUUCCAACAAAGCAGGCAGGGAGGUGAACGCGGGCUCGGCUCAGAGACCUGUCAGUGGAGUGAGGUGGCAGAGGUUUCUGGCAGCACUGCAGCAAAAGGGAUAUUUUAGGGGUGAACUGGAAGGCUCUAAGCUAUAUACACAGCUGUUGGAGAAUGCUAAAAGAUACUUCAAUAAGACCAUCAACACAGAUGACAGCUUUUAUGAUGAGCCUGGUCGCCAGAUCCUGGAUAUUCUGAACACAGUGGACAUCAACAUUGAGGAGAUGAGGAAGGAGGGGAAUCAACUGCCGCCUGAGGAUGAUGACAGCUGGUUAGACCUGACCCCAGAACAGUUAGAUGACAUGUUGUGUAAGGUUGCAGGGAUUGAAGACCCACAGGAGAAGAAAGAUGCAUUUGAUUUUAGCCAAGUCUCUGAAAGCAUGAAAACAUUUGUAGACAAAGUAUCUAGUCACGAGGGAGCAGAGUUUCCUGGGGAUGAUGAGGGUGAUGUCCAGUUUGAAGCGAAUGGCUUUAUUGAGUCAAUGACAAAAAUGUUUGAAUUUGAUGACCCAGAGAGCAGUAACAGUUCAGACAUGGAUGAGUAUGGUUCAGAUGUGGGUUCAGAUGAGGAAAUGCCUGCCAAGGGGAAGAAGGCGGAUAAAAAGAUGGCGGAGUAUAUGACCGCAAUGGACAGAGAACUGGCUAAGACAACUGUUGGUAAAAGUUUCGAAAAAGACCCUGUUGCCAUUUCAAAUGGAAAGGCCUCCACAACAUCUAAGCCCACUAUGGCAGAGAUGGAGGAUGAUGAUGACAUAGACAACUUGGAUGAUGACGACUUCAAACCUGUGAAUGUUGACAUGACAGUUGUGAAGAAUCUGUUGCAGUCCUAUGCAGAGCAGCAAGGCCUUGCAGGACCUGCUUCUAACAUUCUAGAGACAAUGGGAGUGAAAGUUCCAAACCAACCGCCAAAGAAAUAAAGAUUUUGCCAUGCUGAAGAUCAUUGUGACUUCAGUUCACUCAGCAGAAAAAACUUAAGAGACUUUAUUUUAUGUUUGAGAAACAGGUGAAUUUUUAAGGUCAAGUGUGUCUUCUUUGUUAGCUGCAGGUCUUAUGGCCCCAUUUAUACUAAAGAAUUUAGGCCAUGACUUGAUCUAAACUUUAAAAGCAAAAAAAUUAGUCUCCUAUGAGAAUUUCGGGUCAAUUGUACAGAGACAUUUUUAGAUCAAUAUUCACAACAUUUUGAGGAUUACUAUAAGAUUUAUCCUUGAAAAAGGACUGAAAAAUGCUCUUUAAAGUGAAGACUAACUUUCGACUUAAAGUCUUUUGUAAAAACUGGGUCCCGAGGUCUCAAAGACUGUGAUGGUGCUGGAGUUCAGCAGUAUGGAAAUGGUGGCACGUAACUUUCUCUUGUGAAAUUUUAACAUGCUAGCAGCUUGCUGCCGUGGCUUGGCUUUAUGCAGUUGCAGAAGAUACUGGCACAACUCCUUCAUGGCAUUUUUGUGACAAACUUUGGGUAAAAAACUUGUCUUUCUUUCAUACCUCCACUGUUGUCACUUGUCCCACCCAGUAAAAAAGCACUUGAAGUGUGUAUGUGUUGAAUAACCCUGUCCUGUAUGAAAAACCUUCAGUCACAUUGUUAGUACCUUAAUUUGGAAAAAAAAUUGUCUGUUUUGUUUUCCUGGUCAAAAUAAUUUGCAAGUGUUCUUUACAGUGGAUUCUACAUUGUAUUAGUAAUGCUGAAGUAACCCUGAAGUAUGUAAAAUGCUAUAACCAAUUGUGGUGCUAGCUUUAAUUUUUUCCCUUGGGGUGUGAGAGGGUGAUGGGAUUGGAACAGUGAAAAGACAGUUACUACUUUUGUAGAAUUUUUUUGUAUAUUCUAUUACUAUGACUGAUUAAAUUGAAAGAUUCUUUAUGAGGGAUGGAAUGGCAGUGGUUUGUAGGUGGUAAAUAUUUUCUUCUGUAAGCAACUUAUUUCAGUGUUGUGUUUAAAAUCUUUUUAAUUGCUGUCUGCAUAUAAUAUUCCUAUCAGACCAGUGCUACUUAAAAAGUGGAUUCAAGGUCUGAAAACUGAUUUCGAUGGUGCUAUUUUUGAUACUUUUUCAAGUCUUUGUAUUUCACAUUCAUGCACAUUUAUCGUCUGUUAAACAGGUCUGCGUUCCACAUUCCUUGUGUAAAAAGUCCCUUAUACUUGCUCUUCAAAAUAAUUGUCGUUCGCACUGAAGCACUGAGCAUCUUUAACACAAAUGCUUAAAAUCUUGGUGUAGUGUGCCUUUUCUUGCCAUGUUUUCAUGUUCUUUUUGUAAUAAUCCAUUGUGAUCCAUAAGCAUUUUGCCAUCCACUGCAAUAAUAAGCUAGCCAAAGUGGUGUUCAGCACAGUGACUGUAUUAAAUGUUCUACAGUGUGUUUAAGUUUUUGAUGUCUUUUUUAAUGUAAAUUGCAUUAAUCAGUGCAUGAAAAAAAUGAUAUCAAAAUACUACCCAGUAUUUGGUAGGCAGGAGAUGGUGAAACAUUAUCCCACCAUAAAGUAAAGAGAUAUUUGUAUAUAAUCGUUCUUCUAGUCCAUGUGCUGUUAAUCAAAUAAUUUUAGGGCUGCCUUCAUGUUUUUGUAUUGUGUCUUCAUCUUGAAUCCUUGUACAGCUUUAUAUUAAAUAAACAUUUUGGAAAAUAAAA